CGGAAAAAUUCUGCCGCGAAAGACUUUCCUGUUGGUGUACAAUGUUUUCUUAUUGUUUACCCAUAUAAGAUUUCAUCUAGUGUAUUUAUGAUAAGAGGAACAUCAACCCCGUUAAUCUGCAAUAAUGCCGAAGCGAAAGUCCACAAGAGUGCUUCAGUCAGAAGAUUCCUCGGAGGAAACUGACCUUUCUGUGGAUGUGGAGAGUGAAGGGGAAACAAUCUCCAGUACACCCAGACACAGACGAAUGACAAGGAGAUCUGCUGCUCACAGUUUGCAGAAGUCUCCUUCAAAGCGCCUCCGUAAGAAAUCAGAGAAUUGUGGUUCAAGUUCGAGCAGUGAUACAGACACUGGGGCCAUCACCUCCCGCCCACCAAAGACACCCAGGGGAAGACAACCCACCAAGCAUGAGGAGCCCCCUACACCAAUUCACACAGACCGUGUAGGCGAUAGUGAUGACAGUCAGGAUGAUAGCCUCUGUCACAUACCUGGCUGUGAUUCAUCAGGUCACCUUUCAGGAUUGUACGAUACCCACCAUACCAUAUCAGCAUGUCCCAUCUACCAUAACACUACACCAGCAGAAUGCAAGGCAAAUUAUGAGCUUCGACAGAAAAAAGCUGAUGAAAGACAGAAAGUUAUUGAGACACUGAGUGACAGACGGGAUCUCAGGAGACAUAACCCGAAUGAAGAACAGAAGGCUAAAGGUCAAAAGGCUAAACAGUCAAGACGUCAUGUAUUGCAGCUGCCUGAUGAAGAUCGAAAAGAGCAUCAGCAGCAUCGAGAGCUCCACGACACGAGUAGAGAACCUUUACUACAGGGGCUUGCCUCCGAGUACGAUCUCAAAAUGUUCAAGGAAGCCCAGGCAAGGGCAUGCGAGAAAAUGGAACACGAGCUGACAAGUCACUACCAACUUAGUGAUCGUAAAGAGUACCGUGUGAAGAAAGUUGAAAUGGGGCAGUAUGAGAUGGAGACUUGGUACUCCUCCCCUUACCCUGAUGAAUACUCCAGGCUGUCAAAGAUCUACCUGUGUGAGUUCUGCCUCAAGUACAUGCGGACAGCCACCAUCAUGAGGAGACACGUGGCUAAAUGUGUUUGGCGACACCCACCUGGUGAUGAGUGUUACAGAAAGGGCAGCAACUCUGUGUUCGAAGUGGAUGGCAAGAAAAACAAGGUAUAUUGUCAGAACCUGUGUCUGCUGGCCAAAUUAUUUCUUGACCACAAGACUCUGUAUUUUGAUGUUGAGCCUUUCCUGUUCUAUGUGCUCACGGAGAAUGACAGUCAUGGUUGUCAUAUAGUUGGCUACUUCUCAAAGGAGAAGAAUUCCAUACUGAACUACAACGUAUCCUGUAUACUGACUUUGCCUCAGUAUAUGAGACAAGGCUAUGGAAAAAUGCUUAUAGACUUCAGCUACCUCUUGAGUAGGAUAGAGUCCAAGAUAGGGUCGCCAGAGCGUCCUCUUUCUGAUCUGGGGCUGCUAAGCUACCGUAGUUACUGGAAGGAAGUGUUGCUAGGAUAUUUACACAAGUACCGUGGUAAUGAGAUUUCCAUCAAAGAUGUUAGCCAAGAGACGGGUAUCAACGCCAAUGAUAUAGUGAGCACUCUGCAGGCUCUAGGCAUGCUCAAAUACUGGAAGGGCAAACAUCUUGUUCUGCGAAGACAGGAUUUAAUAGAUGAAUUUCUUCAAAAGAAGGCCAAAUGCCGGCACGAGUCUCGCCAAGUCGACCCCAGCUGUUUGAAAUGGACACCUCCAGUAAAGUCAUGAAGAGCUUUUUGUUGCUUAUGUGGCAUGCCUACCCUAGUCCUUUACAAAGCCCAGUUUUAAGUUCUAGAUCCAUAGUUUUUACAUUCACAUCAUGUAUUUAUCCGGGGGGUGAUUAUGAACAGUUGUUAAAAAUACUAAUUUUUAUAGUGUAUGGUCAGAUAGGGUGAAGCAUUUGUUGACCAAUGAGAACUCUUUUAUGUGAUUUCCUGUGAGAAGUCUAGCGUGCUGACCAAUGAGAACUUUUGUAUGUGAUUACCAUUGAGACGUCUAACAUGUUGACCAAUGAGAACUCCAGCAUGGAGUAUUGUUCAUGUCAUGAAGCAUGAAGCUUUAAUCAUUCAUGCAAAGAAGCACAAAACUUGCUUAGCUAUCAAUACAGCAGGAUUAAGGUCUGCCUGCAAUGAUACAUACCUGGUAGUAAGUGUUAGUGGACUUCAAGAACUAUGGCAGGUUACAGAGCAGGCAUGCAUAGGCUCAUGUGGAUUGUGCGUCACUUUAUAGCUCUUUUGUAGUUUCUUACUCCUCUGAUUUUGAUGGUAAAAUGUUCCUGAAUGGCUUCCUUGAUUACAGUAACCUGUAUAGAUAGUACAGUCAGUAGUCAGCAGAAUUUGUCAGGAUAAGCCAGAUAAACAUUUCAAGUAGUCAAGACAGUGAUUUCUUCUUUGUGAGACAAACAUGCCCACAUCACUAUGUUAAGGCAUUGCAACUUUUGGCAGUCAUGCAGGUAUGUGUGACACCUGAGAUUUUACGUGGAACUGAGCAUAGUUUCAUAUUGAAAAUGUAGAGAAAUGCACAUAGAAAAGUAGAACUGAGCUGAAAGCUAGGUUGUCACCAAAGUUUGGAAAAGGCUUAAAUGACUAUAUGCUAUCAUUCAUGCCCUGUAUAACCCAUUCUGCGCAUGGGUACAGAUGAAACACUCGAAACAACAAUCUGGCUUGUAACAGCAGUGUUGGGUAUAUUGUUCAGAUGUAGCUGAGUGAAAAGAAAAAAAAAAAGACAUCGUAGAUAACAAGAAUGUGGAGUAGAAUGAUGUCCACAUAAUGUAAUGUAAAUAAAGAUUAUUGGUUUCCGGAGUAUUCUGCUGACAGAUAUACAGAACUGAUGAAAACCCACCAGCUGCAGCUUGCUACUCAUAUUGUAUACCUUUCUCAUAGAUGUACUACUAAUGCUGUUGUUACACAUUACACGUGUAUCAAGAUCAGUCAUAUGUACUAAAUAAUACGUUAUUACCAGCAUGUUAAGUUUACAGGAUAAUGUGUACUGUUAAAUUUGUGAAAGUUUAUGACUGAUUAAAUGUUUGCUAUAUCCUAAGACAAUGUAUUUGUGAAUUUCUAUAAGUUCCACAGUUUGCUGGCAGAAUUUUUGACAUAUCACUGGAGAGGAAGGUAGCAUGAGCUGGACUUGAACCCACAGCAGUCACUUUAGUGAGAGGCUCCUGGGCCAUUGUGCUGCACUCACACGCUAACCACUGAACCUGUUGAAUACUGGAAAC